AAAGAUCCAAAGUCCAAAGCACGACUUAGCUUAGGAAAUAAGAAAUAAUGGAAUAACCGGUAGCCAAACAGGUCAUAGCCGAAGUUGAUGGGUGGUUCUACUUGUUUCUGCAAAGCACAAGAGCAAAACCCUACUUGAACCCUUUCUCUCUCUCAGGUCACUGCUCACAAACAUCACAACUAUGUCCUUGGGAAUUCUUCGAUCCCGAGCGAUUUCAUUGGCAUCGAAGCGAUUCCUCUGCACCAAUGCCGCUUCCGCUUCCCCUCCUCUUCCCCCUCCUCCUUCCGCCGCCUCUCCCAGCCGCUGGAGCUUCCUCAAAUACGCCCUCGUCGGCGCUCUCACCGGAGGCACUGUCUUUGCCGGUUACGCCUCUUACGCUUACAGCUUGGACGAAAUAGAACAGAAAACGAGGUCGCUCCGUGAAUCGGCCAAGUACACUGCUGGUGAUGGAGUCACUGCUCUUGAUAAAUUUCAAGGUUUGCUAUACUCAACUGCAAUGACAGUUCCUGCUAAAGCAGUAGAGCUUUAUUUGGAUGCAAGAAGGGUAAUUGAAGAACAAGUUAAGAGUUAUACUGAACCAUACACAGACAAGCUCCUUCCUGAUUUGCUUCCUCAGGAGCAACAUGUGUUUACACUUGUUCUUGAUCUCAAUGAGACAUUGAUUCACUAUAUAUGGACGCGAGAUACAGGUUGGCAGACUUUUAAAAGACCUGGAGUUGAUGCCUUCUUGGAACAUUUAGCUCAGUUCUAUGAAAUAGUGGUUUACACAGAUGAACAAAAUAUGUUUGUAGACCCUGUUAUAGAAAGGCUGGAUACUAAGCAUUGCAUUAGAUACAGGCUAUCAAGGCCGGCUACUAAGUAUCAGGAUGGGAAACACUUCAGAGACCUCUCAAAACUAAACAGAAAUCCAGGAAAAGUUCUUUAUUUAAGUGGCCAUGCUUUGGAAAGUUGCCUACAACCUGAGAACUGUCUCCCUAUUAAGGCUUGGCAGCAGCAAGAUAUAGAUGACACAGCUCUUUUGGAUUUUAUACCAUUUCUUGAGUUUGUUGCCCGUAGUAGUCCACCUGAUAUAAGACCAGUGCUAGCCUCUUACCAAGGAUGUGAUAUUCCAAGUGAGUUCAUCAGGCGUUCCAAAGAGCAUCAAAGGAGAAUGCAAGAACAAAAGAAUCGUGGUCGCUUCUGGAAAUGAGAUUCAGUUUCAUUGCAAGUUGAAAAGAAAUGUUCUUUGUUGAGGCAAGAAAAUGAGAUUGUCAGUUUAAUUACAAGUUGAUCGAUCAGUUCACCAAAGAUUUUGAAGUCACUGCAAGUUGACAAGUGAUUACAUGAAAUAGAGAAAAUGUAGAUUUUGUUUUACGCAAACCUUGCAACUCAUGUCUUGAAACAUUUUUUUCUUUUUUGCCUAUUGUAAUUCUGUUGCUGGAAAGCACUUAUUAAUUUCGGGGAUGGAGUUCUUAAUGCUAGAUGUUUCUUGCAAGGUGAUUUAACCUUGAGUACAUCGCUGCGCAGAAGUGGUUAUGGAUGAAUUUGACCAUAAACUGAAUUGACACAAUAAAAUAUUUUACUUGAUUCUGUUGUUUA